AUAAGGACUAGAAAGGUGGUUUUGGCUGUAGGUAUGAAUAAAUCAGGAUCAUGUAGGGGAAGUAUAUCUAUGCAUUCAAGCAAGCCUUUAAGAUUAAAGAUUAAACUUGGGGCCCUCUUCCUUUUUCCUCAAAGGAUCCAUAUUCUUCUGGCAACAAAGAUCUCUUUGCAUCUCUGUCUUUUCAUAUUCUGCUCAGCAGCCUAUCAUAAGAAAGCACAAAUCUACUAAAUAGUAAAACGAGGGAUUAUUUCCACUCAUCUGUUGACAGACAUUUCUCCAAAUUGGAUCAAAUGAUUAAAGGUAUUAGAAUGACGUCUUGCAGAUCCAGAUCAAACCAUUUGAAACCUUGAGACUGUUUCUCCUUUGCUUGGAAGGAACCACCAGAAAUAGUUGUAGGUGCUAAUUGCCCAUUAUUCUCACUAAUGUGAAAUUGUUAAUUGGGAUCUUUGAACAUUUUACUUGCUUGAAUCCUAACUGGGGGAGCUCAAGAUGGAAGGACCGUUCAGUGGCUCGCUUCCCGUCGUGCCGUUCGGGGUCUCUUCCAACGCCUGAAUGGUUCUUCCUCGAGUCGCUUACGCCAAGAAGAGGGGUCCAGGCUGCGAAGUCUUCCAACAUCUCACAUUACAAAGAUGGCACUGCUGAAAGUCAAAUUCAAUCAGAAGAAACGGGUAAAACUAGCGCAGGGACUAUGGCUCAUGAACUGGUUUUCAGUGUUUGCUGGAAUCAUUGUUUUUAGCAUGGGAUUGUUCCUCAAAAUUGAACUCCGGAAGCGAAGCGAAGUGAUGGACAAUUCUGAAAGCCACUUUGUGCCCAAUUCUUUGAUAUUGAUGGGUAUAUUAUCCUGCGCCUUCAAUGGGUUUGCUGGCAAAAUUUGUUAUGAUUCUCUGGAUCCUGCUAAAUUUGCCAAGUGGAAGCCUUUCCUGAAACCUUACCUGGCACUAUGUCUCCUCUUUAACAUACUCAUUUUCUUUGUUGCUCUGAUUUGUUUUCUCAUGCGGGGCUCUCUGGACAGCACGCUGGCCCAGGGCCUCAAGAAUGGCAUGAAGUUCUACAGGGACACAGACACCCCCGGAAGAUGCUUCAUGAAGAAGACCAUCGACAUGCUCCAAAUUGAGUUCAAAUGCUGUGGCAACAACGGCUUCAAAGAUUGGUUCGAAAUUCAGUGGAUCAGCAACAGAUACCUGGACUUCAGCUCCAAAGAAGUGAAAGAUCGGAUCAAAAGCAACGUGGACGGAAGGUACUUGGUGGACGGCGUCCCUUUCAGCUGCUGCAACCCCAGCUCCCCGAGACCCUGCAUCCAGUACCAGGUCACCAACAACUCAGCCCACUACAGCUACGACUACCAAACGGAGGAGCUCAACCUCUGGCGCCGUGGCUGCCGGGAAGCCCUCCUGCACUACUACAGCAGCAUGAUGAGCUCCAUGGGUGCCGUCGUCCUCCUCGUCUGGCUUUUUGAGAUGUCCGUGAUGGUUGGCUUGCGUCUUCUGCACACCUCUCUGGAAAGCAUUGCAAAUCCCGAAGACCCUGAAUGUGAAAGCGAAGGGUGGGUCCUGGAGAACAACCUGAAGGACACUUUGAAGUCUGCGCUGGAGAGUUUGAAAAAGAUUGGUAAGUUCAAUCAGGUGGAAGCAGAUGCCGAAGGGGCUGAAGGAGAGGAAGGUGGGAAGACGCCAGCCAUCACAACGGUCAGCUGAGCUUCUAACUGAUGUGGACUUUUUAUCAGAGAGAAAUAAAAAAACCUGAGAGUUGUGAAUACCUACAUUUUAAAAGCUAUGUAUCAACCAUCAGAAUACACAUUUCUACGCGUGCUUUUUUUUUUUUGUACAUGGGAGCAUACAACAUAGUGCACCAUGGGAUAAUACACUUAUCCACAAUGUGAGUACACCCUAUUCGUAUCUUCUUGGGGAAAUGACCCCACUAGGACUUACAAUAUUCACGUGUUCCCUUAUCAAGGACAGUUAGUUAAAAAAAAAAAAAAAAAUUAAAAAAAGAAUUGCUGGCAUCACACGGUGAUCCAUUCCAUCUUAUUUUGAAAUUAAAAGUGGAAUUAAAAAAGUUAAUAUUUUUGUUCAAGUUGUGUUAUCAGCAUAUUUUAUGUAUUUCAACUUUUAAAGACAAACAGAUUGGUUUUCUGGGGAGUAACAUGUUAGAAGUCAAAGAAAGAAGGAUUUUCAGAAUUGUAUAUAACGUAGUAUACAGGUAUUUUGACAAACCUCUCAUAUAAUGUGAUUUUUGUUAAUGUGCUAAGCAAUGGUAUUUUCUGCUGUAUUCUUAAGAUGUGCAUAGAACAAAAUGCAAACUUAUGCUGAGAAUUUAUGUCCUAAGCAAAAAUUGUAAUUUAAUGAAACAGCACAAGUAUCGUGAAAACAACAUUAAGGUAAGAUUUAUGGGUUUCGUUUCUCAGGGUUUUUUUCAGCCUGUAUAUCUUGAAUGAGUGUGUUGUAGACUUAUGUUUCACCUUGUAUUUAAACAAGCAGAAGCUUAGAAGAUUCCUCUUGUAGUGGGUGGAAUCAAUGCUCUGAGCAUGUGCCAGUUAUGGUUAUUCUGGACAUUUUAAAAAGUAUGUAAUCUCAUAGCUUGCUCCAGAAUAUUCAAGCCCAACUAUUUUUAAAGCAAGAAAAAACCAAACCAAAACAAAAAGGCUACUUAGAACUAACAUUUUAAAUGUUUUCCAGGGUUCUAGCAAAUGGAAA